CAUCUGUUGCUUUGCAUGCAUUCUCUCUCUUCUGUCUCUCUCUAAGUCUAACCCCCGCGCCCCCAUAUAUUUACUUACAUACACACUAUAUGUAGAGAGAGGGGACAAAGAAGCAAACACGCCUUCUUUGUUUGGUCUUCGCUCACAUACCCACCAUCGCCGUUACGCUUCUGAGCUCUGUUCUUCUUCUAACCGCUCCUUUACCGUCUUUUGCCUCACCUUUACUUCCACUUGGACCGCUAUUACUCGCUAAUUUCAAUGUUUUUCUUAUCAAGGAUUGAUUUUUCGUUUUGGGAUUAAAUGGGGUCCAAGAUUUGCAUGAAUGCAUUGUGUAGAACUACUACGACCCGUGAAUGGAAGAGGGGCUGGCGUUUGCGAUCUGGUGGAUAUGCUUAUCUCUGCUAUACUUGCGGAUCUGCAUAUGAGAAUUCAAUUUACUGUGAUACAUUCCACUUGGAAGAAUCUGGUUGGAGGGAAUGUAAUAUAUGUAGUAAGCGACUUCAUUGUGGAUGCAUAGCAUCUUCGUCUUUACUUGAGAUUUUGGACUUUGGCGGUAUUGGGUGUACUAGCUGUACAAGAAGUUCUCAACUUCACUCGAUCCAUAGCUAUGACAUUUCCAAUUGUUUUGGUUCAUCAACGACAAAUAAUGCUGGUGAUCUGGAAUCCUUUCCUCCAGAAAAUCAAGUGGCUGCUAGUACUCUUAAUGAGGGAAAACUUGCACAGUUGUGCAGACUCAUGGAGGCUAAUGAACCAAACCUUUUGUGUCAGUCUGAAGGACCUGACAAAAAUGCAAGUCUUGGGCAAUUCAGACAAGAGGAGAUCGUACAAAUAAUUGGGGAAGCUGGCAUAGGGUUCUCAGAUGCAUCUCAAUCAUCAGUUGGAGAAUCUAAAUUUGCCAAUCCAGACACUAUUAGAUCAAUAUUAGAGAUGAAGGAUAUGCAUGGAUCACUUGCUCCGUCUUUGAGUAUGACAUUGGGAGCUCCAUCAGGAACUACAAGCUUUGUUCCAUAUCCUUGUGGAGUUGUUGAAGGAAGAGAUAAAAGCAAAACACCUCCCUUUCAGCAAGGUCAAAGCUCUCGCCCAAUUUUGCCCAAGCCCUCAAAACCUGGCCCUGCUGGGAGUUCAAAGACCAGUAAGGCUGUAGUUCCUGAGUUGCGCAUUGCAAGACCACCUGCUGAGGGGCAGGGGAAGAAUCAGUUACUUCCCCGUUAUUGGCCGAGGAUCACUGAUCAAGAGCUGCAAAAAUUGUCUGGAGACUUGAAUUCCAAUAUUGUGCCAUUGUUUGAGAAGGUUCUCAGUGCCAGUGAUGCUGGUCGGAUUGGUCGAUUAGUUCUCCCAAAAGCAUGUGCUGAAGCAUAUUUUCCUCCUAUUUCUCAAUCUGAAGGCCUUCCUUUAAGGAUUCAAGAUGUGAAGGGGAGAGAAUGGACAUUUCAGUUCAGAUUUUGGCCCAAUAACAACAGUAGGAUGUAUGUCUUGGAGGGUGUAACCCCAUGUAUACAGUCUAUGCAAUUACAAGCAGGCGAUACAAUAACAUUCAGCCAGAAGGAUCCUGGAGGCAAGCUUGUCAUAGGAUUUCGCAAGGCGAGAAACAACUCAGAUAUGCAGGAAGCCCAAACAACUGCACUUCCUAUUGGUACUGCUUCAACAGAAACUUCUUUUUCUGCUGUCGGGGAUAUUGGCUGGAACAAGGGUGGGAGUCAUGGUGGCACAAUAAAUGGGGAUGCACAAUCCCUAGCAAUGGCUGAGAAGAAGAGGACUCGGAAUAUUGGACCUAAGAGUAAGAGACUACUCAUGCAUAGUGAAGAUGCUUUGGAGCUGCGACUUACAUGGGAGGAAGCACAGGACUUGCUUCGUCCACCCCCAAAUGUCAAGCCAAGCAUUGUCACAAUUGAGGACCAUGAAUUGGAAGAAUAUGAUGAGCCUCCAGUUUUUGGCAAGAGAACCAUAUUCACUGAUCGAUCGUCUUGGGGACAGGAACAAUGGGCUCAAUGUGAUGAUUGCUCUAAAUGGCGAAAGUUGCCAGAGGAUGCUCUUCUUCCUCCAAAGUGGACCUGUUCAGAUAACGUUUGGGAUUCAAGCAGGUGUUCAUGUUCUGCACCAGAGGAGAUGAGUCCAAAGGAUUUGGAUAAUCUUCUUAGAGUGAGCAAAGAUUUCAAGAAGCGAAGGAUCCUAGAGAGACAUAAGCCAUCCCCUGACCGUGAGCUUUCUGGCUUAGAUGCUUUGGCUAGUGCAGCAGUUUUAGGAGACAAUAUAGGCGACUCAGAUGAGCCGUUGGUUGGAGCCACAACAAAGCAUCCCCGGCAUCGCCCUGGCUGUACUUGCAUUGUUUGUAUUCAGCCACCUAGUGGCAAGGGCAAGCACAAACCCACAUGUACAUGCAAUGUGUGCAUGACAGUAAAGCGCCGCUUUAAAACCCUCAUGCUGCGUAAGAAAAAACGUCAAUCAGAGCGUGAAGCUGAAAUUUCCCAGGGCAAUAAUGACCGCAAGGAUGAAUCUGAAAUGAUUAGCACAUUGAGUGAUGCACUGUUGACUGUAAAUAAUUCAGAGAAUGAAGUUGGUCCAAACAAAAAGCAAACCGAGGUUGCUGAAACCAGUGCUGGACAAAUAGACCUAAAUUGUCAUCCUAACCGCGAGGAAAUGCAGGUGGAUGUACCAGGAUUGAGCAUGAUGAACAUUGAUGAACCAUUUGACAAUUAUAUUAAGCAAAAUGGACUUGCAAACUUGAUGUGUGAGAGACAGUCUAGUUUUGCUUCUUGUUUACAUUCACAAACCAAUGGGGAAAAUUUGAGAAGGCUGUCUGAUGAAGCAUAUCCAGAAGAUUCUAUGGAUUCGAAUCCGAGAGGUGAUUGAGAAUACUGUGAAUGCAAUUUAGAGGGAAACAAUAUUUGUGAAUGAUUUCCAUUCAUAGUUUUCGAUGUGUUUUUUUUUUUUUUUCUUCUCCAAAGGGGUGGUGCCAUACAUCUGAUCUCAUUAGUUAGGGAAUGUAAUUUUGUUAUGUUGUAUUCUAGUUAUUAAAUUCUCUCUCUGCCGAGUCACAUA